UCUCAAAUGAAUGAGUUUAGUCGUAAGUGGGCGCUGCCAGUGUGCGGUCCCCUGCGCCUGCGUCAAAAAAUAAUAUCUUUGUUUACGUUUAUUAUUCCGUUUGAGUAGAGUUUAAAAAUGGCGAAACUUUUGAGCAAAGAAUUGCCUGAUAUUGAGAACCUCUUGAAACUAAACCCGACGGUAAAGCCUUACACCAAUUUGGUGCCCUCUGCGCUGACCAAGAAGAACAAACAGCAUUGGAAGAGAAAUGCGGAUCGGAAGUGCAAUACCUGUCCAUCGUUGACAAAGAAUUUUGACGACAUUAAACACACGACACUCUCCGAAAGAGGCGCUUUGAAAGAAGCAGCUCGCUGCUUGAAGUGUGCUGACGCUCCGUGCCAAAAAUCCUGCCCCACCCAGAUCGAUGUCAAGAGUUUCAUAUCCAGCAUCAGUACUAAGAAUUACUAUGGCGCCGCCAAAGCGAUCCUCUCUGACAAUCCCUUGGGGCUGACGUGCGGUAUGGUGUGCCCCACCAGCGACCUCUGCGUGGGAGGAUGCAAUCUCCACGCCUCAGAAGAAGGAGCCAUCAAUAUCGGUGGGCUUCAGCACUUUGCUGUUGAUGUGUUCAUGAAAAUGGGUAUCCCUCAGACUUUGGACCCCAAUCGCAAGCCGUUGCCCCGUGGAGGCAACCAGAAGAUAGCUCUAAUUGGGGGUGGACCGGCCAGUAUUAGCUGUGCUUGCUUUCUAGCCAGACUGGGGUAUAAAGAUAUUACAGUUUAUGAGAAGGAGAAAUACUUUGGAGGACUCAGCUCUUCCGAGAUCCCUCAGUACCGUUUGCCUUUCGAUGUGGUCCAAUUUGAAGUUGAUCUCGUGAAGAACUUGGGUGUUAAGUUUGUUGCCGGUAGGAAACUGUCGACUAACGACAUCACUAUUGAUGGUCUAUUGAAAGAAGGUACUGAUGCAGUUUUCCUCGGCAUUGGUCUCCCAGAACCGAAGGUAGAACCGAUCUUCAAAGAUCUCACUCAAGAGAUGGGUUUCUUCACCAGUAAAAGCUUUCUGCCUCUGGUCUCCAAGGGCAGUAAAAGAGGAAUGUGUGCUUGCAAAUCCGCGCUACCCGAAUUAUACGGAUCAGUGAUAGUACUUGGCGCGGGGGACACCGCCUUCGACUGCGCCACGUCUGCUUUGCGUUGCGGAGCGAGACGUGUGUUCGUGUGCUUCCGAAAGGGAUUUAACCACAUUCGAGCAGUUCCUGAGGAGGUGGAUUUAGCGAAAGAAGAAAAAUGUGAAUUUAUGCCAUUUGUUGCACCACAAGAAGUUAUAGUCAAAGAUGGAAAAAUUUCUGGCUUGAAAAUGUGCCGGACUGAGCAACUGGACAGUGGUGAAUGGAUUGUGGAUAGCGAACAAGUGCUGACCGUCAAAGCCAACUUCAUCAUCUCCGCUUUCGGUUCCGGAUUGUAUGAUAAAGAUGUGAAAGACGCAAUGUCUGGAGUCCAAUUGAACAAUUGGGGUUUGCCCGAAGUGGACCACGUGACGAUGAGGACGAGCCUCCCCCAGGUGUUCGUGGGGGGGGACCUCGCCGCCGUGGCCGAGACCACGGUGGAGAGCGUCAACGACGGCAAGGCGGCCGCUUGGCACAUGCAUUGCUAUCUACAGGGUCUACCAUCAGACUCUCCUCCAGAGCUGCCGAAGUUCCACUGUCCUAUUGACGAUGUGGACUUAUCAGUGGAAGUCUGCGGUAUCAGAUUCGAGAAUCCGUUCGGUCUGGCGAGCGCGCCGCCCACCACGAGCACGGCCAUGAUCCGCCGCGCCUUCCUCCAGGGAUGGGGGUUCGCUGUCACCAAGACAUUCGGCCUUGAUAAGGAUCUGGUGACCAACGUGUCGCCGCGAAUCGUCCGCGGGGUGACCUCUGGUGAGAACUACGGGCCGGGGCAGGGCUCCUUCUUGAACAUAGAGCUGAUCUCCGAGAAGUGCGAGGCUUAUUGGUGCCAGAGCAUUACUGAGCUGAAGAGGGACUUCCCCAAUAAAGUAAUAAUAGCCUCAAUAAUGUGUUCGUACAACGAAGCUGACUGGACGGAGCUGGCGAAGAAGGCGGAGGCUGCAGGCGCUGACGCCCUGGAACUGAACCUCUCGUGUCCCCACGGCAUGGGGGAAUCCGGCAUGGGUUUAGCAUGUGGACAGGACCCAGUCCUCGUGAAAGGCAUAUCGCAGUGGGUGCGCAAGGCAGUGAAGAUACCCUUCUUUGUGAAACUGACGCCCAACAUCACCGACAUUGUUAGCAUCGCCGAGGCUGCAUACCAAGGUGGCGCCGACGGAGUGUCUGCCAUCAACACGGUGUCCGGCCUCAUGUCGGUCAGGCCGGAUGCGACGCCGUGGCCAGCUGUUGGUCGCGAAAAACACACUACCUACGGCGGUGUAUCGGGCAACGCCACUCGCCCGAUGGGCCUCCGCGCGGUGUCCGCCAUCGGCAAUCACCUGGCCGGCUUCCCCGUGCUGGGCAUCGGCGGCGUCGACUCUGCGGACGCGGCGCUGCAGUUCAUCAUGUGCGGCGCGCCUGUCGUGCAAAUAUGCAGCGCCGUUCAGAAUCAAGACUUCACGGUGGUAGAAGACUACAUUACUGGUCUGAAAGCGCUUCUGUACCUACGUUCCAUGGGCCUCCAGGAUUGGACCGGGCAGUCACCGCCGAAGUUCAAACACCAGAAAGGAAAACCUGUGCAGACUUUAUACGACCAGGAUGGAAAGGUACUCGCCCAUUUCGGUCCAUACGGCAAGGAGCGCGAAGAAAUCCUCCAUGAGCUCCGACUGAAGUCUGACCUCCUCGGUGACAAUAUGGUCGAGAACCAUCUCACCCACAACGAGGUCAACGGCCACACAGCGGUCCCCAGCAUCAGAGACAUGGUGGGAGUGGCCCUUCCCAGGAUCGGAACUUACAAACACUUGGAUAAUACUAAACAAGUCGUCGCUUUGAUUGAUGAUGAUAUGUGCAUCAACUGUGGAAAAUGUUACAUGGCGUGUGCUGAUUCGGGAUACCAAGCUAUAGAAUUCGACCCUAACACCCACAUUCCGCACGUGACUGACGAUUGCACCGGCUGCACUUUAUGCCUGUCUGUUUGUCCUAUCAUCGAUUGCAUUUCAAUGGUGCCCAAGCAGAUACCUCACGUCGUGAAGCGCGGACUUCGCUAUAACGUGUUACCCGUGUCACCACUAGAUCAAGUGUUCUGAAUAAAAUGAAAUAAUGGCUCAAAUAUAAAAAUAUAUUAACAUACAAAUAUAUAUUAUUCUUCAGUAAAA